CGUAUGUUGUGCUGAUAGAUACAACGUACAAAACGAACAAACAAAAGUGGCCACUAUGUGAAGUGAUCGGAAUGACGCCAACCAAUCACAAUUUCUUGGUUGCGUUUUGUUUGAUGCGAGAUGAGGCGGCUGUGUCGUAUUCGUGGGUGCUGCAGGGAUUGAGAGAUAUUUUCGGCACUGCUCAGACUCCUAGCGUCAUUGUAACCGAUCGAGACGAAGGUUUAUCUGCAGCUAUUCGUGACGUCUUCCCAGAUGUGCGGCAUUUGUUAUGCAUCUGGCAUAUUGGCAACGACGUUGAGAACAUGGUGGACAAGUUGUGUGGCGGCAAGAAAAAUCAACAAGGGCAGGUAUUCAGGAAAAGUAGAUGGAACCCCUUGGUUGAAAGUUCUACGAUCGAGGAAUAUGAAGAUAAAUGGCAAGUGAUCGCCAAGCUGGGAGGCGAGGAAGCAUGGCUUCUUUUAAGGCGUGCUAUGAGUAUGGAAAUGCAAAUGAAUAGAGCGCAAUACCUAACUUUGUAUCUAUCCCAGGUGUCACUAGACGAGUCUAUAUUCAGAAUAGGAAAGCAUCGGGCGUGA